CUUCCCGUCGCCCCCGUUCGGUUUGGCGCCCUCCUCCUCCUCCCCGGUGAGUUUGUGUCGGUCUCUCCUGUAGGACAUGGCCGAGGUACCGCCGGGGCCUAGCAGCGUCCUGUCCCCGCAGGGGGACACGCUCUCCCCCUUCCCCGGAGGAGGAGGAGGAGGAGGAGGGGGGACUGCUUCCUCCUCCUCCUCCUCUGCCACCUCCUAUGCCGCCGCCGCCGCCGCCUGCACCGGCGCCCAGGACGAGGAGGCCGAAGAGGAGGAGGAAGAGGAGGGACCCGCGGGCGGACGGGAGCAGCAGCAGCGAGGAGGAGGAGGAGGCAGCGACGGCGGCAAGGGGGGCCCGCAGCACCGCCACCACCACCGCCACCACCACCACCCCCCGCACCACAACCACCAGCUCAACGGCCUCAUCAGCCCCGAGCUGCGGCACCUGCGGGCCUCCCUCAAGGGCAAGAUCCUCGGCUCGGAGGCAGGGGCGGCCCCCGAGGGGCUGGAGAACAAGCGAGCCAGCAAAACAAUGGGCUCCGGACAGCAGCAGUCGUCGCCCCCCACCGCAGCGCCCUGCUCGUCCCCCCACGCCAACCACCUCCCUCCCCAGGGAAGGACUGCACCCUCUCCUCCUCCUUCUCCCCCAGCUAAAGGGGACAGGAGCCAGCCUGCUGCCACAACCACGACUGCUGCUGCUAAGACUGCAGCCCGCAAUGGGCUGGCAGGAGAGACUGGCUUGGAGGAGGAAGAGCAGGAGGAGGGGGAUGAAGGAGGGGAGGAGGAGUCCCUGCAGCUACUCUCCGGGUCCUUAGCAGCAGCCUGCAGUUUGAAAGGCUCGGGAACGGACUGUCAGCCCGAGGAGGACCUAACGAUACGAUACGUCCAGUAUGAGUCAGAGCUGCAGAUGCCCGAUAUCAUGAGACUGAUCACCAAAGAUCUGUCUGAACCCUACUCCAUUUACACAUAUAGGUAUUUUAUCCACAACUGGCCACAACUUUGCUUUUUGGCCAUGGUAGGUGAGGAGUGUGUAGGUGCCAUCGUCUGCAAGCUGGAUAUGCACAAAAAGAUGUUCCGCAGAGGUUAUAUAGCCAUGUUAGCAGUGGAUUCCAAAUACAGAAGAAAAGGAAUUGGUACAAACUUGGUUAAGAAAGCUAUUUAUGCUAUGGUUGAAGGAGAUUGUGAUGAGGUUGUAUUGGAAACAGAAAUCACAAAUAAGUCUGCUUUGAAACUUUAUGAAAACCUUGGUUUUGUGCGAGACAAGAGGCUGUUCAGAUACUAUUUAAACGGAGUGGAUGCACUGCGCCUGAAGCUAUGGCUGCGUUAGGAGACCCCGUCCCAGCGAGCGAGCGACGUCCCAGCAGCGCAGAGUUGUCCUUUGCAUGCAAUGCAAUUUGUCCCAAAUUGCUUUGCAAGGUGGACUCUUAGUACUUUCCAUGCAGCUCUUAAACCUGUCAGUGUCCCAUUGAGUGUCGCACACAUUCGUUGCACUUUGGCAUGGCGCAUUUGUUGCGAAUUAAAGCCGAUUGUCUCAGACUCCGAGUCCUUUUGGUACCAGCCAGAUGUGCCAGGUGAUAGCCAAGAUAUGUUCAUUCAUUUGCAAGUUUGCUGACUCUUUAGGACAUCCACACAGUGAACGUUUUAUCAGAGAAAACCUGGAUGGGAAACGCCGCUUUUGGUUCCCGAAAAUUCGAAAUAAAGCCAAUGUAGAUUGUAAAAUUCUA